GUGAGGAAGGCGAAGUUUCUCCGCGGCUCCGGGCCCCUCGCAGGGACAGCGGGGAGGGAAGGACUUGGCCCCGUGGUGCUGGGGGAGCUGACACCGCCGCCGCCAGCAGAGCAGCCCGGCUUUGGCCAUGAAGAGGAAACAGAAGAGGUUUCUGCAAAUGACGCUGCUCUUCACCGCGGCUCUGAUUUUCCUGCCUGACAUCGGCCUCUGGUCUCUCUACAAGGAGAAGCACCUGGUGAAGCCGCCCGAGCCCGCCGAGCCGCAGACACUUCCAUUGGGGCUGGGAGAUGGACAGCUCUUUACCUGGACUGAUGGCUUAAAAAGGAAGGACUGGCAUGAUUAUGAAAGCAUUCAAAAAGAUGCUAUGCGUUCAGGGAAAGGUGAACAUGGAAAGCCAUACCCUCUUACAGAGGAAGACCACGAUGAUUCUGCUUAUAGGGAAAACGGCUUCAACAUAUUUGUUAGCAACAAUAUAGCCCUGGAACGAUCACUGCCAGACAUCCGACAUCCUAACUGUAAGCACAAGGUGUACUUGGAAACACUACCAAAUACUAGCAUAAUUAUCCCAUUUCAUAAUGAAGGCUGGACUUCACUCUUGAGAACAAUACACAGUAUUAUCAACCGCACCCCAGACAGCCUGAUAGCAGAAAUCAUUCUUGUGGAUGACUUCAGCGACAGAGAACAUUUAAAAGAGAAGCUGGAGGAAUACAUGGUCCGUUUUGCCAAAGUGAGGAUUGUACGAACCAAGAAACGAGAAGGGCUCAUUCGAACCAGACUGCUAGGAGCCUCACUGGCUAGAGGAGAAGUCUUGACAUUUCUGGAUUCCCAUUGCGAAGUCAACGUGAAUUGGCUGCCUCCCUUGCUUAACCAGAUUGCACUUAACCACAAAACCAUCGUGUGUCCUAUGAUCGAUGUCAUUGACCACAAUCACUUUGGCUACGAGGCACAGGCGGGGGAUGCCAUGCGAGGAGCUUUUGACUGGGAAAUGUACUACAAAAGAAUACCGAUUCCUCCAGAGCUCCAGAGAGCUGAUCCCAGCGACCCCUUUGAGUCUCCUGUAAUGGCUGGAGGUCUAUUUGCUGUUAAUCGGAAAUGGUUCUGGGAGCUGGGAGGCUAUGAUCCAGGAUUAGAAAUAUGGGGAGGAGAGCAAUAUGAAAUCUCCUUUAAGGUGUGGAUGUGUGGAGGUGGCAUGUAUGAUGUUCCAUGCUCUCGAGUUGGACAUAUCUACAGGAAGUAUGUCCCAUAUAAAGUCCCUUCUGGAACCAGCCUAGCACGGAACCUGAAACGUGUGGCAGAGACAUGGAUGGAUGAGUUUGCAGAGUACAUUUACCAGCGACGGCCUGAGUACAGACAUCUCUCAACUGGUGAUAUCUCUGCCCAGAAGGAGCUGCGCAAGCACCUGAAGUGUAAAGAUUUCAAGUGGUUCAUGGCUGCAGUGGCUUGGGACGUCCCAAAAUAUUACCCACCUGUGGAACCUCCACCUGCUGCUUGGGGCGAGAUUCGAAACGUGGCAGCCAACCUCUGUGUGGACAGUAAACACGGAGCCACAGGGACUGAGCUGAGGCUAGACAUCUGUGUGAAGGAUGGCUCAGAACGAACGUGGUCACAUGAACAGCUCUUCACCUUUGGUUGGAGAGAAGACAUCCGCCCUGGGGAGCCACUUCACACCAGGAAGUUCUGCUUCGAUGCCAUUUCGCACAGUAGCCCUGUCACACUGUAUGAUUGUCAUGGGAUGAAGGGAAACCAGCACUGGAGCUAUAGGAAGGACAAAACUUUAUUCCAUCCGGUAAGCAGCAGCUGCAUAGAUUGCAACCCAGCUGAGAAGAAGAUUUUCAUGAACAGAUGCGAUCCUUUAUCUGAAACUCAACAGUGGAUUUUUGAACAUAUUAAUAUGACUGUUUUAGAAAAAUUUAACAGCAAGGCCAGUUCCUAGAAAGAAAAAAAAAAAAGAGAAAAAAUGAACACACCUAUUUACGUACAGACUGCAGACUACGUUUUCGCCAGCAUCUGGGUCAAAGGAGUCAGGAAUUAAGUUUCCUAGAUCCAGGAAAUCUGUUCUGAGGAUUAAGAAAAUGCCACAGCAAGAGCCAGCAGGCUGUCCUUGUGGAUGUACAGUAUCUGGAGAACUUGGCCAAGAGCCUCACCGGAUGCUGCUGAGAACUUCAGGCUGAAAAUUCCCUUGCUGGUCAAGGGAAAAUCUUUGUUUAAAAACUGUUUAAAAGUACUCCAAGUUAAUAAAGUAAAACAAAACUCUAGUUUCUCAGGUCAAAUCCUGCUGUAGUGAGUAGCUCAGAACAGGCGCUAUAAUUUGGGAUGGGUAUAUGGUGUGCAUGACAGCUACAGGAACCUGAAGAAAUCCCAGGUUUUAGAACUAAACAUGCUAGUAGAAGAAUAAUGAUGUCCCAGCACUCCCUAAACAAGAUAUAUGCUCUGUUGACAUUCUCUUAAUAAAAAGUUGGGUUAAGCAGGUUUAACCCUCAGAACUGCUGCAAUUAAUUUUAAAUACCUCCCUUUUACAUUCCAUUCAUUACCAAAAUAGGAAUGGUAGAAAUUUUAGGGUCUAGAAUUACACUGUAGUGAAGCAUGGAAUAAACUGUAAGGUUUUGUUCUCAUAUUUUCCCCUUCAGGAAAAAAAAGUAAAGCAAUCAAAUCUCUAUACAUGAUAUAUUUAGCCAUUGUGAUUCAAAUCCCAUUGUCACAUAAGGUGAGAGGGUUUUUUUAGUGACAAAUAUAACAGCAGCAGCUGCAGCAUAGUGGAAGGCUCGUGGACUAGCUAUCUUUUCUAAAGGUAGAAUCCUUGCCAACGUAUAAAUUAAAUUGAAAAUAGGCUGGGAAAAAAAUCGGGAGAGUAGGAAAUAAUUGCAUACUGCAUGCUGAACUAGAUUAGUCAAAUUAACAAUGGUAUGUUGCCAUCACCUAAAAGUAUGUUGACUCCCUGCAGUGCAGCUUGAAGGAUCUUGCAGUGCUCUUGACAGAUAGGAAUGGAGAGAAAAAAUGACAUGAAAUCAGUUGGGUGGUUUCAAAGUUUUUGAAAUCUGUGAUGGAAAUCAUGUGAACUUUGCAGAGUUAGCAAGUGAAUGGUAUCAUAGAUAUGAGGAGGGAGGAAACAAGAUGUGCAAACAAGUUAAAUGUUAAAUAUUUUGACACUUUAGGCACAGGCACAUUCACGGUAACACAGACUUCCGUCACCCAGAUGAUCAUUAUGGUGUCUCUCAGACUCAUCAAGCCAUUGGAGUGAGAGGCCUCUCAAACUUCUUUGGGAGGGUGUCUGUGGUUCUCCUCAGUUAAUACUGAUGUGUGGAACAUGACUAAUAGCUUUGAGAUUGUUCAAGGUAAGAGCGAGUAUAAAUUUAUAUCAAAUAUGUGGCCUGCUUUUACUUGAAAGAUGAAUUCACAGAUGAAAGUACCAUAAAUGCAGAUAGAUCACAUGCUCUGUGCUGUAACUCCUUUCAGGUUCCAAAUAUAACAUUUGUAGUUAAGUUGCUUAUUCUGAUUGCUGAAGAGGUGGCCGACUGACCAAAAUACUGACGUGCAAUCUACACUGUUUUGAGGGAGUGGAGUGACUGUUUUGUUUAUUUCUCUUUAAGCUGUGUUUAUGCACAAGAGCACUGAUUGCAUCCAGAGGAUGGUUCUAAUGCCAAUAACUGUGCUAUUUUAUGGCAGCACCUUGUAGUUGCAGGUCAUAGGAAAUUUUUAGGAGGGAAAUGAGAUCCUGAACAUUCAAGAUGCAUGCACUUGGAAAAUUGUGAAAUGCAUCCAUGUAUUUAGCAAUUGCUGCAAGUUAGUGAAGAAAUCUUUCAAAUAAUUUGAAAGAAAAAUAUCUACAGAGAUAGAUUUCUCAUUUUAUGAUUUUAAAUAAGUGAGAUUGUUCAAGUAUUGUUUAAAUUUGAUUUGAAGAUAUGGUGCACUCGGGAACAGAAGCAGUAAUGCUGCAGAGUGCGGAUACUUCUGAUUUGUUUAGCCAUCAGUACACAGAACCAGUCUAGCAAUGCAAACUGUCAGCCUUUCCAGGUGCAGCGCUCACAGCAGCAUAUAUUUGCAGCUUGAACAUGGGAAAGACGGUUUGGGAAAAAGAAGAAAAUGGCUGCCUCAAAUGCAAAUGCAGCCCUCAAGCUGCUGAUUGUAACUGGCCCCAAACUGUCAAAGUCCUGGAAGCAACACUGUAUGCCCAAAAUAGAGAGGCAAAGGUUGGAUUGCUAAACCAGAACAGAUUGGUAGGGUUAUAUCAUUCAGUGUCUGACUGCAUCUCAGUGGUCUGAUUUUGAGAUGUCUAAUGGGAACUAGGCUGCUGUUGGGGCAAAGAACUUCUGUGCCUUUUACAGCCCUCGUUGAGUAAUAUUGCACAGUGCCUUGCACUGCCAAAGGAAACCUUCCCCUUACUUGUAGCUGAUCUCUGCUUGUAAACUCUAGCAGUCCUUGUCAGAAAACAUAACUAAUUUUCAGGUGUUCUGGGGAAAGAUAAUAGUCCUUGCACAGGAUUCCUGCAACAAAAUUUUAUUAAUAAUAAAUGAUCAUCGCUACCUCUCAAUUAAAUUCUGUCUUGGGUGUUCUCCAAAGGUUUCCACUGUAAGAAUAUUUCAUUACUAAUUUAUCAUUCUGAAUUUCUUUGAUUCUUUCUACAACCGUAUCUUUUCCACCCAGCAAACUUAUGAACAACUUGGUAGGAUGGACAGAUGUAUCUUCCUCUCUUAUUUCAGCAGGAGAAUUUAACUCUAAUAUGUGUUUCUUCAAAAGACUGAAGUUUCUUCCCAAAAUUUUUUUUUAAUACCAGAUAGUUCUGAACAUAUUUUAAGUGUAGAGCACAGCGACAUUAAGUAAUGUGGGCUUAUCAUUUCAGUGAAGUUAUACUGAUUUCCCCAACUAAUGACUUGCUUCACUUUUUUUCAAUUCAUUAUUUUUUGGCUGAGAGGGCUUUAAUCAACAUGCCUUAAAAGAAGAUCUUUGUAUUGUAAGAGUUCAUCAGCACCUACUCUAAAUUUUUUCCCGUUAAAGUUAUCUGACCUUUUUUUGUGGCCAGCAAACUACUAUGAUAGGAGAGAGCAACUGGAAAAGCUGGAAUGAACUCCAAGUGCAACUAAAACUCUAAAAUCACACAUUUCCCUGCAUGUAUUCUAGAAUCUAAAUUAAACAGAGGCCUUGAGGGACAGGGCUUAAAGGAGAGAGGAGAAGCUGGGAAACAAAAUGUUUCAUGUGUGGGAGAGCAGCCUUGUUGCAGAAGCAUAAGGCAUCACUUUUCACUGGCCACAGUCUUAUUUCAGAAAAAUGAGAUUGCUUUAGAACAAAUGUUUCUGCAACAGUAUGGAUAUUUUCAUGAUAAUAAUGCAUUAUUCUUGGGUUUUAUCUGUUUAUGAAUAAAUGGUCUGUAGCUGCUGAACUAAGUGUGCCUCACCAUAAAGAUAGACUAAGUUUGAAAGGAAGCUGACAAGCACUUAACAACCUUUGAUUACUGGCUAUUUACCAGGUAUCAAUGUCUCCAUGACCUCAGUGAAAUCAGAUGCCACAGAAGAUCAUAGAAGAAUAGUAUAUAAAUAGCUUGACCAAAUUGAUUAGACGGGUUGCACUUCUGCAAGAGUGGAUGUUACCUUUGUUUAAAAAAAAAAAAAACUCAUAAUCACAAUUUAUUUGCAUUUUUACUGAUAAUUUCUGCAAGGGAGUGAGUGAGAGGGACUGUUUUAACCUACCCAGAUGGAUUGGGGAUGGAGCAUUUUAGGAAGGCAGCACUGGGAGGCUUUCAGUGUGGCUGACAGCAGGGAUGCAUCCAUUUUCUAUUUAAAGAGCAUCUAUAAUGCUGUUAACCUAGCAUUUUUUGAGAGAAUGCAGGAUGUACAAAAUUAAAAAAAAAAAGACAAUGAUUUUAUUUUUCUUUUUAAUCCAUCAAGGUUGUUUGGGAAAUAAUUUCAAAACCUUUGAAAACAAAACAGGCUGAUCAGAAGUAACUUUUAUUAUAGCUGGUAUUAGUAUUAUAAUGUUCAUUAAUUCAUUUGUUUAACCCCCUUCCAAAUCUGUUUCAUAUCCUGUUAGAAAGAGCACAAGAGUCCAAGAGUGCUUUUACAUAAUGUUUUCAGGAUCUUACCCCGUCUGAAAGUUUUGAAAGGCCUUUUCAAAAUUAGCAAAUAUAAACCAAAAGGUAACAAGGAAAAACACUUGGCUAUUAUGUCUAGUCUACCAAAAUAUUUUGCCAAAGUUGUGCAAAAAUAAUAUAUUUUAACUGGAAAUUUUUAGAUUAAUAAGUAAUAUAGUUUAGUAAGUCUUUAGUGUCUGGUGCUUUCUAUUGAAGAAUUUUAAUUUUUAAAAAAAAUGAAUUUGUGUGGUUAGUUGCUGACAGGGUUUUUUUUAACCACAUGUAAUACAUAAAUCUGUCCUGAGGUCUCCUGUAAUCUCAUAUUUCCUUAUCGUAAUUCCUAAUGCACUGAAUUUAAGAAAAUGUGAACAUAGGAAAAAAAACUCAAAAAAGUAAGAAACUUGUGUAAAAACAAACAGUGAGAAUGUGUAGCUAGAGAUGUUGAGAAAAAUGCAUCACAUUUCCAAAGCUUCAGCUGCAUUCAGAAAAUACGUGUGCUUUGUGUGGUGGCUUUCUGUUCUUUCAGUGUAUCAUUAAUAUUAGUGGUACUACUCCUGAGGCAGGCCUUCUGAAAAUGGUGUUGCUAGCAUUUGGUACAAUAGGUGGACAGCAUGGUGCUAGAGGAAAAAAUCUAGGAACCGCUCCUGAAAAAAUUGCAUUCAAACAUUGCAAUCUGAUAUGCCUUAAGACCUUAGCUGUUUUUAAGAUUUCUUUUAUCUUAGUAUUUUUUUACAGGACCUGGUAGUGCAGUAGGUGCUUCAGUGGCCCUUAUGAAAACAAUGCAGACAACGGGAACAAAGAGGACACAGGUGAUUACCUAAAGGUGUGGUUACUGCAGCAAUGUCAAGGUUAAUUAUACACAAAGAGAAGUUUAUUUUGUGUGGCCACUGUAGUAAAUGCCCAGCUUAACAGAACAGAUGAAUGAGAAGGAACCUUGCAAAGUGGGGCUGCAGAAAAGCUUGUACUCAAUAGAAGAUGUAGAAAAAGUCCCAAUGGUCCAUUUUAGAGAAGCAGAUGAACAGGGUGUUGAGAUGGAUAUCAUAGACAGUGUAAGGGAUAUGAGGGGAGCUGCAAGUGAGGCAAGUCUGGUAAGUAAGGCUACUGUCUAAAAGAUAUUAAGACAUAGGAAAGGAAAACUUGGUCCUCAUUAACCUUAGCCCUCAUUAACCUUGGCAGGAUCCCUAACACUUUGUCAAAGUAUUAGUUGAUUUAAUUAAGUUAAUCCUUCAUCUCUCCCAGUAAAUGACUCAACCUGGAAGAAACCACAGUUCAAGCAAAUUUCUGUUUACCAGUCUGGAGCAUCUAAUCGGCAAAAUAUGCCGCUAGCAACAGUUUGGACAAAAAUCUCACCUGGCACUAGAAAUAAAACAAUAUUAUCAGACUGAAAGAUCAGUAGACCUCUGGCAUCCCUCUUCGAAAAAAAGAUUUCAUUUGCCUAAAGAACUGAUUGAUGGUAAUGAUCCUAGAUUAAGAAGAUCAGGAAUUGUGAGCUUUCAAGGAGGUGAAAGGCCAAAUGGUGAGAUUAGGACUUGGCAGUUUAAUUGAGAGAGGAAGGAGGAAAUAGGUGGUAAAAGGGAAGAAGCAGGAAUCAGGUUUAAUUCUGUAUAUGAAGGAAAUAUGACCUACAAAGGUCAGUCACUGAUAAUUUUGGAUACUUCUUCAUAGCAGAGCUUGCAUGUUUAUUUCCAUCACAAAUAUUCAGUAAUUGAGAGGCAAUCAAGUCCUCUUGCAAGGACUUAAAUUUAGAAUAGAAACUGGAUAAUCUGAAAUGUAUUGAUUGUGAAAUACAUGAUGGCAACUAGAGAAAAGCUUUGCUGGACCCCAAGUUUGUUCUGAGUUUUUCACCAAAGGUAUGUGUGGACGUUCCUGAGGAUACUUUGUGGGUAGUAUGUAGAAGCAGAACAUUAUGGUCACUGUUUUACCUCAGAUUAAUAUCUCUCUAUAUCUCAGGCUUUCUUGAAAGAGGAAAAGUGUUUAGCUAAAUUUUUCAGGAAAUGUCAACUCGGAUCAGUGCAAAAUAGCUCUGCCUGCUCCCUGUGUGGAUCAAGAUAAUAAGUGUUUCUCCUCAGACAUCAAAUACAGCUCUCAAAAAAAAAAAAAGAAUGGUAUGGCUCUGCCUUCAUGGCUCCUUGCAAUUCAGUUAUUUUAUUUAUUUUUUUCCUAUUUGGUGUUUCUUCCCUUCUACUGGCUUCCCAUCUGCAGGAUUCUGCCAGAAUGCUGUUUCUCUUUCUUCCCACCUUUCUGGUUUGUGCCAAAGGUGUUUCUGCUGUUGCAGACCCCCUUCUCAAGAUAAAAGUGACUAAAACUGCUUUGAUCUUGACUGGGCAGAGCCACAAGCCUUUCUGCCUCAGGGUACAUGGUUUACAGUGGUUUGUGCUAACAGUGGGAUAGGGAGGAGAAAUGCACCUGAGAAGUUCUAUCCUUAUGGGCCAGUCUCACUCCAGAUUUCGUUCAUGGAAAAGUUAUAGCUCAUAGCACAGAGAGUCAAACAUCCUUGAGGGAGAAAAUUGCAUUGGUGAUCUACUUUCUCACCCAUCUUCAAUAUUCAGAACUGCCCAGAGAAGGAAGUAUGUAAGAACAGGAAGCAUCUUAGUCAGUGGAUAUACUUUGUACUAAUGUAUAGAAGCAGCCAAACUUAGUCUGGACAUCAGGUUUUCAUCUUUUGAUUAUCCGUAUUGAGCUAACACAGAUACAAGAAACUGAGCAGAAUUAUAUUAAACUGUGGUUUGUGAAAGCCACCAAGGGAUUAUAAUAACUUUAACUGAAGGCAUUAUUGCAAAUCUGAAAUGGAUGCAUAAUCUGUGAUGAAUGCAUGAUACAGGUUAACUUCUAGUCAAGCUGCAAAGAGUCAGAGGUGUUGGUUUUUUUUACAAAAACACAAAAAGAGAGAGAUUAUCCAACACGCAGCAGCUUUUGCUUACAGAUGUACAGGGCUCCAGUUUAUUCCCCAGCAUGUCAGCAAAGUUAAUAUCUAUAAUGAUUCCCAUUAUCAAAGCAACAUUCGCAGAGAUGGCAGUAAAACAUCACCUUUUCUUUCCUACUAGACAGGAAUCCUUUCACUGGUUUCCUAUUUGGUUUUAUGCACCUCCAGAGUCAUUUAUUUGUAACCAGAACAUAUGGAUAGAAGUUGUACCGUGUCCCUUCACUAAACAAGUUCCUAGGAAAUCAGAGUACCAGUGUAAAGGCUGUACAAAUGCACUUUUAAAAGAAUUGUAAGCCAAGGAAGGGGGAUUUCAUACGAAAGAAAAGUAUGGACAUGAGCUGGCAAUGUGUGGUCGCAAUGUGCACUUGCAGCCCAGAAAGCCAGUUGUAUCCUGGGCUGCAUCAAAAGCAGCGUGGUCAGCAGGUCAAAGGAAGCGAUUCUCCCCCUCUCCUCCACUCUCAUGAGACUCCACCUGGAGUGCUGCAUCCAGCUCUGGGGCCCCCAGCACAGGAAGAACGUGGACCUGUUGGAGCGAAUCCAGAGGAGAGCCACCAGGAUGAUUAGAGGGACAAAGUACUUCUCCAGUGAGGAAAGACUAACACAAUUGGGUUUGUGAAGCCUGGAAAAGAGAAGGAUAAAUUCUUUACUGUGAUGCUGGUGAGGCGCUGGAACAGGUUGCCCAAAGAAGUUGUGGAUGUCCCAUCCUUGGAAAUGUUUAAGGCGAGGUUGGAUGGAGUUCUGAGCAACCUGGCCUAGUGGAAGAUGUCCCUGGCCAUGGCAGAGGGAUUGGAACUAGAUGAUCUUUAAGGUCGUUUCCAACCUAAACCGUUCUAUGAUUCUAAAACUUGUUUUCCUUUAUUCCUGUCAUAUCAGCCUCCCUAUUGCAGCUACUGCUCUGCAUCAAAACAUGUAAUGUUAAUCUACACCUAGAAGAGUAAUGAUGCUUCAUCAGGGCUCUGCUGCCAGUUUUUCUUACAAAUCUGCACCAUAGCUAUAUAAACCCAUUCUUUGGGGGUUGUUCUCCACAGUUGUUGUCCUGGCAAGGGGUACAUUCCUUCCAACUUUGGCCUGACCUGCAGUUUUCCACCUCAAACUCUGUUGGCUGAAGUAGCUCGAUAUUGCCCAGCUCUCCAGGUGAUGUGGUUCACAACACAUCUCUCAACACUUCACAGCAGUCCAGUCCACAUAAACACACACAUGCACGGUUUUCCAAGCAUUAGGUGGCAAAAUAGAAACAUGUGGUCCCUUCUGAGUCUCUGAGUUGCUUCUAUUUAUCAACUAGCCUUUCUGAUGGUCAGACUAUUUUCUAGGCAUCUUUGUGAAUACCCUUUCCUGCAGGUAUCCUGCAAAACAUCCAUUUCUCUCACUUUUCUGAGAGUCUGGAAUUAAAGCCUUCACUUGCUGUUAAACAACAUUCGGGACAAAACAUUCCCUGGCAAUUAAACUAUUAUAAAUUAUAUAUAAAGGGCCAAGAGGAGCUGAAGACAACUUUGUGUAAUCCCUGUCCAAUAUCCCAGUAGGCAAGACAGCCAGUAAUGAUCUGGGCUGAUAGGCAGCUGGUAGAGCUCAGCAAGUAAAAUGGAGUUGUCUAAUUUUCUGUGAAUCAAGGUCAGAUUCUUUGGUUAUUGGAAUUUAGGAAAUAUAGCUUUCUGAAAAAAUGGGGAAAAUGUUUUCAGGUGUGUGCAUUUGAAGUAUUAUACAAUAGACUACAAUUAGUAAUAUAUAAAUUAUAAUAAGUAAAGGAAAAUAUACACUUCUGUGCUGACUGGUCUAAGAUCGUUGGUUUAGAUGUUAUUAAACAACAGCUGUAGAAGCUUUGACCAACUUACUAAUGCAUAAAAUAAAGUUUUCAAGACGUGCUUAAAGGGUUUAGAGAGAGCACAUGCCUGUAAAUUUCUGGACUGUAAUUAAGAAGCUAAACUAUGGAAUAAAAAUUGUACGCCUGUCCUAUUUUAUAUUUGGAUGUAUUAUGUUACAGAAUACAAAGUAAAAGAUUGCUAAAGAGCAGUUUCAAAAAGAUUACCAUGAUGUGAAUGAAUAAAUACCUCUCAGAAGCUACAGCA